AUGGCCCAGUUCAACAGAAAUCAGUCCACACCGUGCAGAGUAAGUGACGAGAAUAAGACAGAAUCUGUCGGGUUUCGCCUCAUGGAGUUCUCUGCCUCGCGGGAGGUGCAGACCGUCCACGCUGCUUUCCUUUCAGUAGUCUACCUGGCAGCUGUCACGGGGAACCUCCUCAUCAUCGUGCUCACCACUCUGGAUGCUCAUCUGCAAACCCCAAUGUAUUUCUUUUUAAGAAACCUGUCUUUCUUAGAUUUUUGCUACAUUUCCGUCACAGUUCCCAAAUCUAUUGUCAACUCCUUCACCCACGAUAGCUCCAUUUCCUUCUCUGGGUGUGCCCUGCAAGUCUUCUUCUUCAUGGACCUGGCGAGCACAGAGGUAGCCAUCCUCACGGUGAUGUCCUAUGACCGCUACGUGGCCAUCUGCCGGCCGCUGCACUACGAGGCCAUCAUGGGCCGCGGGGCCUGUGUCAGGAUGAUGGCCGCGUCCUGGCUCAGUGGCGUGGUCUCUGGGCUCAUGCAUGUGGCGGCGACAUUCUCCUUACCGUUCUGUGGGUCCAACCGAGUCCAUCAAUUUUUCUGUGACAUUCCACAGCUCCUGAGCCUCUUAGACUCCAAAGUAAUCAUCAAUGAGGUUAGAAUCAUGGUUUUUAUUACGUGUCUUGUGAUUAUCUGCUUUGUAUUGAUCACUCUCUCCUAUGUGUACAUUUUUUCUGCCAUCUUGAGGAUUCCAUCAAAGGAGGCAAGAUCCAAAACAUUUUCCACCUGCAUUCCCCACCUGGUGGUUGUAACGCUCUUCCUGAUAUCUGGAAGCAUUGACUAUGUGAAGCCAAUUUCGAGUUCUCCCUCCUCUUUGGACUUUUUCUUGCCUGUGUUCUACACCGUGGUGCCCCCCACCCUGAACCCCAUCAUCUACAGUCUGAGAAAUAGGGACAUCAAGGCAGCCCUGGGAAGGCAGUGUGUAAGGAAGACCAAUUAG